AUGGGUCUUAGCUGCGGUUACAAGUGUUUGCAAUGUAUGCUGGUGGUUAUGAACGCCGUAGUUAUCGUCCUGGGAAUUGCACUGAUUGUGAUUGGGAGCAUUGCUGAAGUAAAUAUGAAGCAAAUGCUAAGCACUGAUGAUGCUUAUUUGCACGGCAUUGUCAUUUUCGUCAUUGCUUUUGGCUGUUUUCUUACCCUUACUGGAAUGUUCGGUUUUUGUGGUGCAUGCAAGAAAAAUGCUUGCUGCCUCAUUAUGUAUGCCAUACUUCUUUCCAUAUUUAUCGUUGCAGGCUUGGCGGCUGGCAUAGCUGGUUUCGUGUUGAAAGAUAAACUGAAAGAUUAUACAAACAAUGUAGUUACAGAAGCUUACAGCAAGUAUACACAAGGUUCUGAUUAUGCCAACGUAAUUGAUCAUAUCCAAACAUGGUUAUCGUGCUGUGGUCCUAAUGGAACGUGGCCCGCAAGUGUAGGUGCCCGCCCUAACUCGUGCAAUGACCAUGAAGGCCGCCCUUACACGAAAAAAUCACCCGGUUUAGACACGAAAGCCUAAUCCAAAUCAAGCUCUCAGUUUGGAUUUAUUACUAAACGAACCUCCGCGCAUAACAUUUGCAAAAGAUCAAUAAACUUGAAAACCGUUUUUACCAAACCAAGCGUGUAAGGCGUGUGUGGCAGAAUUUCCCAGCCAUGCGUUUAUACGGCUUUCUGUUCUAUCGGCGAUAUAAGGGCGGGCGUUGUCGUGCAACAAAAGAAAUUCAUGCUACCGCGGUUGUCUCGAAGCUGUCAAGGAUUUUUUCGAAAAGAACGUUCUCGCUGUUUCUCUGUGCGUGUUUCUGUUUGCAUUGGUCCUCAUCCUUGGGCUGGUGUUCGCGAUUUGCGUCGCACAAGCAAUUAAACGAGGAGAUUCUGCAUGAAGUCCUUGUGCUAGAACCCGACAGCGCAGCCAGUACCCCAUAUCAACUGUACUCAUUUACUGCACUCAACCGCUUUCACUUUUAUUAAUUU